GAACGUGGUAGCACAGCUUACGAAAAAUCGCAGCAGCAAGUGAAAAGCGUAUGGCAGUUUGAAAAUUUCGAAAAAAGGAAAUCGAGUUCGGAUUCCAAUUUAAUUAAAAAUUGUAAUAAUAACAUCGUUAGUUAUUGUUGCGCUUUCCAAACGAGAGAGUGUGUGUGUGUGUGCGUGGAAAAUAAGUGAAAACUAAACGAGACUCUGGAGACUCUGUGCCUGGGCAAUUGUGCAACUUUGAGACUCUUAACCUUAACAAUUAUAUUUGGCACAAUUCAGUUUCGAUUCAAGUGCUCACUUUUACCAGCAGCCGCCAAAUUGGUAAAAUAAGAAAUCAACAUAAAUAAAUUCAACAAAAAAGCGCGCUUUGAAAACGAAAGCAAAACACACACACGCCGUGGUUUGAUUGAAAAAAACCCCCACGCUCUGCGAAAUUUUGCUAAAUUCGAGUGGCAACCGCAUAAAACCCCUAAAAAAAAUAUAUAAAAACACCCCACAGAAGACAGCGAAAAUGGUCGAGAAAACAGAAAUGUCGAAAUUCGUUGGCGUUGCCGACAUAACCGAGAACAAGAAAAUCUGGCGCAUGCUGCUCGGGGAACUGGUGGGCACAUUUUUCUUGGUCUUCGUCGGCGUUGGCAGCACGAUCAGCGGAAGUGUACCACAGAUCGCAUUCACCUUUGGCUUAACGGUGGCCACCAUUGCCCAGGGCCUGGGCCACUUGAGUGGCUGCCACAUCAACCCAGCUGUAACCCUGGGCUUCCUGAUCGUCGGCGAGAUCAGCAUCCUCAAGGCGGCCUUCUACAUCAUUGUGCAGUGUGUUGGAGCGAUUGCUGGAGCGGCUGUGAUCAAGGUGGCUCUGAAUGGAGUUGCUGGCGCUGGUCUGGGUGUCUCCAGCUUUGAUCCCGCCCUGGAUGCUGGCCAGGCGGUGCUGAUUGAGGCUCUCAUCACCUUCAUUCUGGUGUUUGUGGUGAAGGCGGUCUCGGAUUCGGCUCGUUUGGACAUCAAGGGAUCGGCGCCACUGGCUGUGGGAUUAUCCAUUACCGCUGGGCAUCUGUGUGCGAUCAAACUGAGCGGUGCCAGCAUGAAUCCCGCCCGAUCCUUUGGCCCCGCUGUGGUCCAGGGUAUGUGGGCCGAUCACUGGGUAUACUGGGUUGGGCCCAUUGCCGGUGGCCUGAUUGCUGGAAUCCUCUAUAGAUUCAUCUUCAAGGUACGCAAGGGCGACGAUGAGGCCAACUCGUACGACUUCUAGGCAGUGUGUCCCAGAAAAUCCCUUACUAUAUUAAAUAUAUUUGUAAAUGUAAAUGUCCGCACAAUAUGAAAACCCCCGCUUUCCAUACGCAUCACAUUUUCGCUUUUCAUCCAGACAGGGACACACAUCGAAUUCGCUUCCGGAAAAUUUCUCUUGGAAAAUAUUCUCACAUUUUUAUUUGUUAAAAAAUAAAAAAAAACGCAAAUGCCUUGUUUUAGUUUUAAUUAAAAACGCGAAGCUAACACUUUAAAUAUGCAAUAUAUUAAUUGAUAUUGUAUUUGAGUAAUUUUAAGCUAAAUUAUACGCACACAAACACACAUGUCCUUACACAAAUCAAAGAAAAAACUGUAUUUGAAAAAUCGAAAGCACAGUAAAUUUUCUAUGGGAAAAUCGAUGGAUUUUCCAUACCGUUGAACACUAUUGUUGAGCACCCACGAAUUGUAUUAUGACUAUGUGUAAUAAAAAAAAGGAUUAAGAAAA